CACACCACACCGUGCGGUUUGCUCACGACACGCGUUUAUGGCAGGCUCUACGGAAUCACUAGUGUUCAAGCCUUUGUGUUCUGGAGAAGAUCUGAAAAGGAUAGCACAAAGUUGAAACUGUCGGUCAAUUAUUCAUCCUGCGUGCGGUUUAGGAUUUUAGACACUCUGCACGCCUGCCUGAUCAGCCUAGCGCUAUAUUGGUACUGCGUCGUCAAUUUCACCAAUUUGGAAGCUAUACAACAACCAAUCUGGUACGUAGGGUACAUGUUCCCGUUAGGUGGAUCGAGACUGAUGAUUUCUGUGACAGGCCCAUACCGGCGAGUCGCUGUGUGA